CGGCCGGUAUAUAUAAUGUUGUUAUAAACCAGCUUUCAGUUAGCAUGGAUGCUAGCUUGGACCGCUAACACGGCCGGUAUAUAUAAUGUUGUUAUAAACCAGCUUUCAGUUAGCAUUGAUGCUAGCUUGGACCGCUAACACGGCCGGUAUAUAUAUAUAAUGUUGUUAUGAACCAGCUUUCAGUUAGCAUUGAUGCUAGCUUGGACCGCUAACACGGCCGGUAUAUAUAAUGUUAUAAACCAGCUUUCAGUUAGCAUUGAUGCUAGCUUGGACCGCUAACACGGCCGGUAUAUAUAAUGUUGUUAUAAACCAGCUUUCAGUUAGCAUUGAUGCUAGCUUGGACCGCUAACACGGCCGGUAUAUAUAAUGUUGUUAUAAACCAGGCAUGUAUAUAUAUAUAUAUAUAAUGUUGUUAUAAACCAGCUUUCAGUUAGCAUUGAUGCUAGCUUGGACCGCUAACACGGCCGGUAUAUAUAAUGUUGUUAUAAACCAGCUUUCAGUUAGCAUGGAUGCUAGCUUGCAGAAUUAAUGAGUGUAUUUCAUGCUAUUAGCUUGGACUGCUAAUCACUCUGCUGUUCAACAUGGCCGACAUAAUAAUAAUAAUAAUAAUCAAUUGGCUUAUUUUCUCUGAUUGAAUACACGAUAUAAAAGUAAAGUGAAUAUAAAAGUGACUAUAUGGAUGUUAUUUUGUAUCUAAUAAUGAUUUAAAAACGUAUUUAGAAAAUCAUAACCAAUUUUUCUAUGCCAUACACACCAAAAUAUCUCAAUUUUAAAGAAGGAAUAAUUCGUUCAUCAUCCAUUAACCGCGAUAAACAAUGCAUUAAUAUCAUUUUCGCCGUCAAAUAAUGUACAAGUUACAAUUAAUAGCAGUUUAACUGGAUGCUACGCUAGCUUUCAGUUAGCAUCGAUGCUAGCUCGGACUGCUAACCACUCGGCUUUGCUUACGUAAAACAUCUCUUCAUAUCUUAAACUUUGAUUUGUGAAUAGAGUAAAGUUAGCGGUUUUGCCCUCUUAUCUGGAUGCUACGUUAGCUUUCAGUUAGCAUCGAUGCUAGCUUGGACUGCUAACCACUCUGCUUUACGUACAUAAAACAUCCCUUCAUAUCUUAAACUUUGAUUUGUGAAUUGUAUGUUUUUUUGCCGUCUUUUAUCUGGCUGCUAAGCUAGCUUUCAGUUAGCAUCGAUGUUAGCUUGGCCUGCUAACCACAUUUCUUCAUAUGUUAAACUUUGAUUUGUGAAUGUGUAUGUUUUUUUUUUUACAUAAGAUGGCUUAAAUAGAGUAAAGUUAGCAGUUUUGCCCUCUUUUAUCUGGAUGCUAUGCUAGCUUUCAGUUAGCACCGAUGCUAGCUUGGACUGCUAACCACUCGGCUUUACUUACAUAAAUCAUCUCUUCAUAUAUUAAACUUUGAUUUGUGAAUAGAGUAAAGUUAGCAGUUUUGCCCUCUUAUCUGGAUGCUACGCUAGCUUUCAGUUAGCAUCGAUGUUAGCUUGGCCUGCUUUGAUUUGUGAAUUUGUAUGGGUGUUUUUUUUUUACUUAAGGUGGCUUAAAUAGAGUGAAGUUAGCAGUUUAGUCCUCUUUUAUCUGGAUGCUACGCUAGCUUUUAGUUAGCAUCGAUGUUAGCUUGGCCUGCUUUGAUUUGUGAAUUUGUAUGGGUGUUUUUUUUUUUACAUAAGGUGGCUUAAAUAGAGUGAAGUUAGCAGUUUAGCCCUCUAUUAUCUGGAUGCUACGCUAGCUUUCAGUUAGCAUCGAUGUUAGCUUGGCCUGCUUUGAUUUGUGAAUUUGUAUGGGUGUUUUUUUUUUACAUAAGGUGGCUUAAAUAGAGUGAAGUUAGCAGUUUAGCCCUCUUUUAUCUGGAUGCUACGCUAGCUUUCAGUUAGCAUUGAUGUUAGCUUGGACUGCUAAUCACUCUGCUUUACUUACAUUAAACAUUUCUUCAUAUCUUGAACUUUGAUUUGUGAAUAGAGUAAAGUUAGCAGUUUUGCCCUCUUAUCUGGAUGCUACGCUAGCUUUCAGUUAGCAUCGAUGCUAGCUAGGUCUGCUAACCACUCAGCUUUUUUUAACAUAAGGUGGCUUAGAGUGAAGUUAGCAGUUUUGCCCUCUUAUCUGGAUGCUACGCUAGCUUUCAGUUAGCAUUGAUGUUAGCUUGGACUGCUAAUCACUCUGCUUUACUUACAUAAUACAUCUCUUCAUAUCUUAAACUUUGAAUUGUAUGUUUUUAUUUUACAUAAGGUGGCUUAAAUAGAGUAAAGUUAGCAGUUUUGCCCUCUUUUAUCUGGAUGCUAUGCUAGCUUUCAGUUAGCAUCGAUGUUAGCUUGGCCUGCUUUGAUUUGUGAAUUUGUAUGGGUGUUUUUUUUUACAUAAGGUGGCUUAAAUAGAGUGAAGUUAGCAGUUUAGCCCUCUUUUAUCUGGAUGCUAUGCUAGCUUUCAGUUAGCAUCAAUGCCAGCUUGGCCUGCUAAUCACUCUGCUUUACUUACAUUAAACAUUUCUUCAUAUCUUAAACUUUGAUUUGUGAAUAGAGUAAAGUUAGCAGUUUUGCCCUCUUAUCUGGAUGCUACGCUAGCUUUCAGUUAGCAUCGAUGCUAGCUUGGCCUGCUAACCACUCAGCUUUUUUUUAACACAAGGUGGCUUAAAUAGAGUGAAGUUAGCAGUUUUGCCCCCAUUUAAUCUGGAUGCUAUGCUAGCUUUCAGUUAGCAUCAAUGCUAGCUUGGCCUGCUAACCACUCAGCUUUUUUUUAACACAAGGUGGCUUAAAUAGAGUGAAGUUCGCAGUUUUGCCCCCAUUUAAUCUGGAUGCUAUGCUAGCUUUCAGUUAGCAUCAAUGCUAGCUUGGCCUGCUAACCACUCAGCUUUUUUUAACAUAAGGUGGCUUAGAGUGAAGUUAGCAGUUUUGCCCUCUUAUCUGGAUGCUACGCUAGCUUUCAGUUAGCAUUGAUGUUAGCUUGGCCUGCUAACCACUCAGCUUUUUUUAACAUAAGGUGGCUUAGAGUGAAGUUAGCAGUUUUGCCCUCUUAUGUGGAUGCUACGCUAGCUUUCAGUUAGCAUCGAUGUUAGCUUGGACUGCUAACCACUCUGCUUUACUUACAUAAUACAUCUCUUCAUAUCUUAAACUUUGAAUUGUAUGUUUUUAUUUUACACAAGAUGGCUUAAAUAGAGUAAAGUUAGCAGUUUUGCCCUCUUUUAUCUGGAUGCUAUGCUAGCUUUCAGUUAGCAUCGAUGUUAGCUUGGCCUGCUUUGAUUUGUGAAUUUGUAUGGGUGUUUUUUUUUACAUAAGGUGGCUUAAAUAGAGUGAAGCCCUCUUUUAUCUGGAUGCUACGCUAGCUUUCAGUUAGCAUCGAUGCUAACUUGGCCUGCUAAUCACUCUGCUUUACUUACAUAAUACAUCUCUUCAUAUCUUAAACUUUGAAUUGUAUGUUUUUAUUUUACAUAAGAUGGCUUAAAUAGAGCAAAGUUAGCAGUUUAGCCCUCUUUUAUCUGGAUGCUAAGCUAACUGGUAGUUAGCUGUCACUUUUAACUCCAUUUUCUGAUUUUCAAAACGCACACUUGAGGAUUGUGUGUCUUUUUUUAGAGUGAAUUAAAAUGUGUCCACUUUGGUGAGGGAGUCAAAUGGCUCUUAUCCACAAAGUAACACUCCCACUCCCACUCCCACUCCACACACACACACACACACACAUGCUUUGGUCGCCACCAGCCCCGCCUCCCGACUCUCCUUCUCGGUCUGUGUGGCUCAGUCAGAACUCCUCACGGUAAUGAUGGCGUUCCAUCUCUCAGCGGGUCUGGAGUCCACUUCAUCCGGUCUAAAUCCACCACAAGGACUUUCUUUCAUACGUCUUGUCGUCUUAUAAGGUCGUUUUUUUAAAAAAAAAUUUAAUGUUUAUGUGCGGGGGCACCGCCGUGGUCGUCGUGGUGUUGCAGCGUAACUGAACACUUAUAGAGUCGGAACAGGAGGACUUUCUUUCGUGGGACGUCGGAGGUUUAUUUGGAUAUGUGGCUCCGUUGGCCCCGCGGGUGUGGGAGCGGUCUGGGUUCCUUUUCGGCGGACUUCGGCGACAUGGGCUGAAGCGUGCCGGUCGUUCUUGUUGUUUUCCAGAGGAAUGGACAAUGGAGUCUGAUAGAAGAGUUUGUUGUUUUUGUACAAAUUGUACGGAUCGUUCUAGAAAUGCUCGCUUGCUAGCUAGCUUAAGUACAUAGAAGUCAUAUAUUUGAAGUUAAAAUUUGGCUUUUUUAACACUGGAAUUUAUUUAAAAAGUUGUCAGAUAAAGAAUUUAAAGCGUUAAUUCUACUUUUUUGACGGUUUCUUGAUGAGGUGUGUAAUUGUCGGUUAUCGUUGGCGUUGGCGGUGGGUGGUUUAGCCUAGCCUGAUAUCAGCCUGCUUUUAAAUGUACUUCAAGUCUCUGACGCAAGCUUGGUUUUAGUUUAAAAAAAGUACCCCCCCCACACAAGGAGGACUUCCCCCCCCCCAAUACAGUUGGACGAUAACUCCGUGGACAAUGCGUCUGUCUCGCCUCGCCUUGCUGCUCCUCCUCCGUCUCUCCGUGGCGUUGGUCAAGGGCAUCAACACUUGUCAGUUCAUCAACCUGGACGAGCAAAAAUCCCGGCGCAUCGAAGCGGUGCGCGGACAGAUCCUGAGCAAGCUGCGGAUCCAGAGCCCCCCCGCCGACGACGACAACGACGACGGCGACACGGUCCCGGCGAGCGGCACGGUGCCUCCGGAGGUCAUGUUGCUGUACAACAGCACCCGGGAGCUGCUGAAGGAGCGCGGCGGCGGCGCCGGGGAGUCGGCGUGCGAGCGGGAGAGCAGCGAGGAGGACUACUACGCUAAGGAGGUGCAGAGGAUCGACAUGCUGGCCCCCACGCAAACAAACGCGGUGCAGACGCUGCCGCUCAACCCGUAUUACCGAAGCGUCCUGUUCGACGUCGGCGGCGUGGACUUGACAAACAGCACCCUGGUCAAAGCCGAGUUCAGGAUCUUCCGAGCCCCCAACCCGCAGGCCCGGGCCUCCGAGCAAAGAGUGGAGAUCUAUCAGCUGCUGAAGCCGGAUGAGGACAGCACGUCCACUCAGCGUUACAUAGACUCCCGCACCGUCCAGACCCGGGCCAGGGGGUCCUGGCUGUCUGUGGACGUCACAGAAACUGUCAAGGACUGGGUGGCAGAGCCAGAGAACAAUCUGGGCUUGAAGCUGGGCGUCCAUUGUCCUUGCUGCACCUUCGUCCCCGCCACCAACAACAUCCUCCCCAACAAGAGCGAGGAACUGGAGGCGCUCUUUGCUGGCGUGGACGACGAGCAGCUUCGCCGCAUCAAAAUGCAAAGCCAGGUCAAAGGUCAGGCGGAUUCCAGCACCAAGACGCCGCACCUCAUCCUCACCCUGCUGCCCAGCGACAGGGUGGACAACCCGGCCAAGAGGAACCGCAAGAAAAGGGCGGCGGCCACCGACGCCGCCACCUGCUCCCGCGGCUCGGAAUCGGGCUGCUGCCUGCGUUCGCUCUACAUCGACUUCCGACGAGACCUCAACUGGAAGUGGAUCCACGAGCCCAAAGGCUACAAGGCCAACUUCUGUGCCGGCAACUGUCCGUACCUCUGGAGCGCCAACAACCACUACAACAUGAUUCUGCCGCUGUACAACAAACUCAACCCGGAAGCCUCGGCCUCGCCCUGCUGCGUCCCCCAGGACCUGGAGCCCCUCACCAUCAUGUACUUCAUCGGGCGCUCGCCCCGCGUGGAGCAGCUCUCCAACAUGGUGGUGAAAUCCUGCAAGUGCCGCUGACGGGGGGGG